GUGAAACAGAAGAUUAUCCAGUGCACUGACGAGCAACAGCAACAGGAGCUGAAUGUAAGCUACAAUACACUGAACAAAAGAGUGAAGAAGAGUGCCAGGGAAGACAAAAGAAAAUAUUAUGAAGCCAUGUCAAGUGAAGCAGAACAAGCUGCAGGCAAAGGAGACCUCGCCACACUCUACCAAACAACUAAGCACCUAUCGGGAAAAAGUUCGACACAGAUUAAGCCAGUAAAGGAUGACAAUGGAAAGUCAAUCACUAAAGAGGUGGAACAAAGAAGACACUGGGCUGAACACUUCAAAAGACUUCUAAAUCGUCCGCCACCUACAACGCGCCCAACAAUACCAACAACGGAAGCAUAACUACCAGUGAACACUGACCCCCCGACGAAAUCAGAAGUCCUGAAUGCAAUCAAGAUGCUAAAAGCUGGGAAAGCAGGAGGAGCAGAUGAAAUCCCAGCAGAAGCUUUGAAAAUAGACCCAGAGACA